AUGACAACUGCCUGGAAGUCCCACUUUAGCGGGUCCAAAAUCUGGUUCUAUGCGUUGUUCUGGGGCUUGCAUAUUGUGCUUUUCGCAGUUGGAUGGUACGUGCAGGCGACAAACCACAAACUUGACGCCCUGAACACGUUGAAGUUCUCAGUCUGGAUCUCCAGGGGAGCAGGCUUAGUCUUGAGCUUCGAUGCCGCUGUACUUCUUCUUCCCAUGUGCAGAAAUCUGCUCAAGACUGUGAGACCGCGACUGCGUUGGCUGCCUUUAGAUGAGGCAAUAUGGUUUCAUCGCCAAGUUGCGUAUUCUCUCUUGAUAUUUACCAUUAUUCACACUGCAGCUCACUACGUCAAUUUCUAUAAUGUCGAGAAAGACCAUCUUCGCCCUACUACAGCAGUUCGGAUUCAUUUCACAGAGGCAGGAGGUAUAACCGGCCAUGUCAUGCUACUGUGCAUGAUGCUGAUGUACACAACCGCUCACCAGCGAAUCCGACAGCAAUCUUUCGAAACCUUCUGGUAUACGCACCACCUUUUCGUCCCAUUUUACUUGGCUCUUUACACUCACGCCACCGGCUGCUUUGUUCGUGACACGACGGACCCCAUUUCACCGUUUGCAGGCAAGAAGUUUUGGAACCAUUGCUUGGGAUAUGAGGGCUGGAGAUGGGAGCUAGUUGGGGGAGCGCUGUACUUUUGUGAAAGGCUGUAUCGAGAGAUCCGAGCAAGGCGUGAUACCGUGAUCACUAAAGUGAUCCGCCAUCCUUAUGACGCCAUGGAAAUCCAAUUCCGCAAACCAAGCAUGAAGUAUAAAGCUGGCCAAUGGCUCUUUAUUCAAGUACCUGAAGUGUCCAGUAACCAGUGGCACCCUUUUACCAUCACGUCGUGCCCAUUCGACCCUUAUAUCAGUGUUCACGUCCGUCAGAUCGGCGACUUUACCCGUGCCCUUGGAGACGCGCUGGGAUGCGGGCCAGCGCAGGCAAGAGAUCUAGAAGGCCUCGACCCAUUGGGAAUGUACGAAGUAGCCCUUCAGAACGGUCAAAAGAUGCCGAAGUUGCGCGUUGAUGGACCGUACGGAGCGCCGGCCGAAGACGUCUUCGAGAAUGACAUUGCGGUUCUCAUCGGCACUGGUAUCGGAGUGACCCCAUGGGCCUCCAUCCUCAAAAGUAUAUGGCACUCACGCGCUCGGCCUAACCCGCCUCGUCGUCUCCGCCGUGUCGAAUUUAUCUGGGUCUGCAAGGACACAUCCUCCUUUGAAUGGUUCCAGGCCUUGCUUUCUUCACUCGAGUCUCAAUCUGCGUCGACAGCCGCCUAUGAGGGGAGUGUCGAGUUCUUGCGUAUUCAUACGUAUCUCACGCAGCGCCUGGACGACGACACAACAGCAAAUAUCUACCUAAAUUCCGUGGGUCAGGACCUCGAUCCUCUUACGGAGCUCCGGAGUCGGACAAACUUCGGCCGUCCCGACUUCAAGCGUCUAUUUAAUGCCAUGCGUGAUGGCUUGCAGAAUCAGAGCUACAUGUCGGGUUUAUAUGACAACACACCCACGCAAGUUGGUGUCUACUUCUGCGGCCCGAACUCAGCUGCGAGACAGAUCCGCGAGGCGGCGUUGUCGACCUCGACCAAGGAUAUCAAGUUCAGAUUCUGGAAGGAACACUUCUAG